AUGGGGAUGGAGGCUGGGAGGCUGGCGGUGAAUUUCAGCCGCGAGGUUCACACCCGCACGGAAGGCGGACUCAAUCUCCUCGCUCUCUCUCGUUCUCCAGGAGAGGGAUGUUUGAACCAGCUGGGGGGCGUCUUUGUGAAUGGACGCCCUUUGCCCACAUGUAAGAGAAAGCGAAUCAUAGAGCUGGCAGUGAGUGGCAUUCGGGCAUGUGAUGUCGCCCGGAUAUUACAGGUCUCCAAUGGCUGUGUGAGUAAGAUCCUGGGCAGAUAUUAUCAGACGGGCUCCGUUGGACCAAAGGCCAUUGGUGGGAGCAAACCACGUCUCUCCACCCCAGAGGUGGUGGCUAAGAUCGCUCAGCUUAAGUGGGAAAACCCCUCUAUGUUUGCCUGGGAAAUCCGCGGGAAGCUGCUCUCCCAGGGAAUCUGCUGCAAGGGGAAAAUUCCCAGCGUCUCCUCCAUCAACCGAGUCCUGAGGAACCUGAACUCCGACCUGCAACAUCCUGCAGCUGAGGAUAUGUCAACAGCGACGUGGAUGGGAGGUUCCGGAGGGCAGGAAACCACAGAGACUGUGGCGUCUGACUUUCCUGGGGCUCAGAAAGUCCAGACAAACUCCCAGCAAAGGAACAGGACAGUUUUUAUGCAGGAGCAAUCUGAGGCAUUGGAACAAGAAUUCACAAAGACACAAUAUCCUGAUGUUUUUGCCCGAGAGAAAUUGGCUUCCAAAACGUCUAUCCCCGAGGCCAGGAUCCGGGUCUGGUUUUCCAACAGACGGGCAAAGUGGCGUCGAGAAGACAAGGUGAAACAUGGACCCAGCUUUGUCAGAGGUAGGACAUGUGGUGCUGCCGUGAACCCAUUACAGCUCCCCCCUCAGGGCUGUCCCACCUUCCCCCCAUCUUCCCUGGCUGACAGCUUCGCUCUGCAGUAUCAACAGGCUUCUCCGCAGCCAACCCAGGCCUUUGCGUUGCCAGAUACCCUGAUGGCUCCGAGGUUUGACGUUUACCGGACGGUCAGCUCACAGCGACACCCGAGUCCCGCUCCGCACAGCUGGAGGGCGCUCGCGAGUGGGUACGAGACAUACUGGGCUACAGCCUCUCAGCCCUGCCUGAGGUCCAGCCAGACCCACCCCAUGGACAUCGCUCACGGUGAGCCAGUGUAA